GUACCACGUGCUGAAUCUCAGGAUGUCUGCGUAACCAUGGAGAUUGCUUUGCAGUGCCGGGUGACAUUUUUGUUACUAGAAGAUCAUUCAUUUACUCAGUUCUAAAUAGUACCUUAUAUCAGAGAAUCUACAAAAAGCAUCUAAUUUUGAGCCUUUACACUGAAUACCCAGCUUCACCACAUACUUACUCAUUUCGUUGAAAGAACAUUGCAGAAAGAUUGUGAGACCUAAAAAUUAUGCCAGCGUUCAUAUCCAAUGUUUUAGAAAUACAGACCAAAAAACCACUCAACCCUGAGUUGUCAUUUGGCGCGAUAUCAGUGCUAACAUUUGAGGCUGUGAUGCAGGCUGUUAUCAUUUGUUUUGCUGGAUAUGUAGUAGCUAGAGCCGGUUUACUUACAUCAGCUGGACAGAAGGUAAUGUCUCUGAUCAAUGUUGACUUGUUUACCCCUUGUUUGGUUUUCACGAAGCUUGCGUCGUCUCUUUCCAUCAACAAGUUGGAUGAUAUUUUGAUUAUUCCUGUCUUUUAUGGAUUAUCUACUUUAAUUGCCUAUGGCUGUUCUCGUGCCACAUCAAGGUUUUUGAAAUUAAACUCACCAGAAACAGACUUUGUUACCGCCAUGGCAGUCUUUGGGAACUCUAACUCAUUACCCGUAUCUUUGACUUUGGCAUUGUCUUACACAUUACCUGACCUAUUAUGGGACCAAAUCCCAGAUGAUGAUUCUGAUAAGGUUGCAUCUCGAGGUAUACUCUACCUCCUUAUUUUUCAACAACUUGGCCAAAUUUUAAGAUGGUCAUGGGGGUUCAAUACUCUUCUUAGAAAAAGAUCAGCGGAAGAACUCUGCACAGAUGGUGCCAUGGAAGCUACGGAAUCAUCUAGCCUCUUGGAUCCAGAAGCUAACAUCGCUAAUGAUCUCGAUAAUUUGGCGCAUCAGAAUGCAAAAAAUGAUGAUCCAUGUCAAACUGAGAAUUCAGACCGCUUCGCUUUUGGUGUGCCGCAAGAGGAUGGGGCGUCAGAAUACGAGGAACUGUCACAUGAGGAUCAUUAUUCCGAGCCCCAUGAUCGUUUAAUCAAAAGAGGAGUUUUAUCUAUGAAAAACUCAUGGCAAGCUUUUUUGUCUUUGCCUCCAAUAAGAGCAAUUUCGUCUUAUAUGAAUCCCCCUUUGUAUGCAAUGGCAUCAUCUAUAAUUGUUGCGUCUGUUCCUGUGCUACAAAAUCAGUUUUUCGAGGAAGGUACAUUCAUUAACAACACAAUCACACAAUCCGUGAAGCAAUUAGGCUCCGUAUCAAUCCCAUUAAUCUUGAUUGUGAUGGGUUCUAAUUUAGCCCCAAACAAGGAUACUCCCCCACCUUCAAGAAAUUACAAAAAAAUGGUGUUUGCAUCGCUUAUUUCAAGAAUGAUACUUCCUUCGAUUGUCCUACUUCCCAUAAUAGCUGCUUGUGUGAAAUACGUCAAGGUAUCUAUUCUAGAUGAUCCAAUUUUUUUACUUGUGGCUUUUCUUUUGACGAUUUCGCCACCGGCGAUUCAACUUUCUCAAAUCACUCAACUAAACAAUAUCUAUCAGUCGGAAAUGGCAGGUGUGUUGGCAUGGGGAUACGUUGUGUUGACCUUGCCCACCACAAUCUUCAUUGUGGUCGCUAGCUUGGAGGUCUUAAAAUGGGCCACUUGAUUAUCGAGUGAUGUCCAAUUUGAGUGAACCAGCACGUCUAUUUUGGAUGUCUCGAUAUACCUUCUGUUGAUGCAAAUAAUGUGCUACGGUGGUAUCAUAUACGGGAAUAUUGGACCAAUUAUUUCACAUUGUGAUUUAAAAAAUCUCACUUUAUAGAAUUCAGGCAAGGUCUCCCAGCGAGGCAAGCAAGAUUUAGUGAAAUAAAUGUCUCGGAUACACAGGGCGGUAGUUCGGGGAUCAUGAAGCUCCGACUAGCUAGUAAUAUGCAGACCCGUUAAUUCUAAAAAGAAAUGUGCCGGCCUUCCCGCAACGCCUUCCACCCGA